AUGGAAAACGCCAGUAGGGAACAAAAUUCUCAGCCUAUUGGAAAGAAGGAGCAUUCCGUCAUAAAUGGCAGCAUUAAACGCUCAAAAAUUACGUAUCACCCAAUCACUACGGCACUUUUAACAGUUUAUGGAUUUCUGAAAUUGAUUUAUUUACGUUUUGGUGGAAUGCUUUUCUAUCCAAGUGAUUAUUUUGAAGCAGCCAAUUUUGUGGAUGGUCUUUUUGAUACAGCUGGCCAUCGAAACGAGAUAUCAAAUUGGAAUGUACUGAAAAGAAAUUUAUUUAAUACCCAAGCUCUAGUAGCUAUAGCUCAAGAAAGAUAUCAUGUGGUAGGCUAUCCAUACGUUGGAAAUGACGCUCCAGUUGGUAAACUCUACACCUUAAAAGCUCAUGCAUCAGAUGAUUGGAAUAUGCCUGAUCUGAAUAGUGCAUUGGGUAUAAAUAUAGCAAAGCCAAAGACUUUAGAGGAUAGAAUUCGCAUUGCUGAAAAUUUUAUUCUGGAUUAUAAUUACGAUAUACCAAUGUACGUCGAUUCCAUCGAUAACGAUACUAUGGAAGCUUACGGUGCAAGACCUGAAAGGUUGUACAUUAUAGUCAAUGGAAAAAUUGCCUAUAAAGGUGGGCCUGGUCCAUACUGUUUCAGCUAUAGCUCUCUGGAAGAAUCGUUACUAAAAGUUUUAAAGCAGCUUUAA